AUGGACGCGCUCACCAACCAGGCCCUCUUUUGUGUCAAUGAGGAGAUAUGGAAAGCUCUGCAACUUAUGGUCCCUUUCUACCCUCAGCGGGAGGGGCAGCCGGUAGACGACAAGAUCAUCGACCUCGGGGACUUUGAGAAGUUCCUGAUCGAUCGGAUCAAGGUGGAGGGUAAGACUGGCAACCUCGGCGAGAAGGUGAGCGUCAGCCGCGAGAAGGCCAAAAUCAAUGUCACAGCAGAGGCACCAUUCUCCAAGCGCUACUUGAAGUACUUGGGGAAGAAGUAUCUGAAAGCACAGAACCUCCGCGACUUCUUGCGCAUCAUCGCGCCGAGCAAGUCCUCAUACGAGAUGAGGUACUUCAACAUCAACGAGGCGGACAGAGACGACUCGGACUAA